AUGCGAGAGGGCAAGACUCUUAAAACUUAUUCGGACAGAUACUGGGAAAUGUUUAAUGAAAUAGAGGGAGAGCAUGAUGAUGUGGCCAUAAGUACUUUCAAGGCUGGUCUUCCAGCCGAGCAUGAUUUAAGGAAAUUUCUAACUGGUAAACCUAUUAUUAGUGUAUACCAACUGAUGGAUCGGAUUGACAAGUACAGAAGAGUAGAAGAAGAUCAACUACAGGGAAAGAGAAAGGCUAAGGUAAUCCCUCAGGAUAUGAGAGAUUUCAGGUCGGACCGUUACAAUAAUAACCGACCUCGGAAAGACUUUGUUGGGCAAUCAGGUUCUGCUGACACUCAGGCGGUUAAUGCUGUAUUUCGAGAGCCGAUGCGACAAGUAUUGGAGAAGAUCAAGAAUGAGCCAUUUUUUAAAUGGCCAAACAAAAUGGCAGGAGAGCCUAAGAGACGCAACCAGAAUCUUUAUUGCCACUAUCAUCAGGAUCAUGGGCACACAAUUGAGGAUUGCAGAAAUUUAUGGGACCAUUUGGAGUAG